GCCGAGCGCUGCCCCCGCGGCCCGGAGCGCAGGCGGCAUGCGGGGGCUCCGGCCCGCCCUGCUCUGCCUGCUCUGCCUGGGCGCCGCGCGCGGACUCCCGGCGCCCGCCUCGCCCACCCGGCCGCCAGAUGAUUUAAGAAGUGAAACGAGUUUCCUCAAAGAAUUGGUGGUUGGAAGUGGCGAUACAGUUGAACUUCAGUGCAAUACUCUGGACUUGCCUGUCUCUCUCCUCUGGUAUAAAGAUGGCGUUGGGAUUUCACCUACCAACCGGACUCAUAUUGGGCAAAAACUCUUGAGGAUUAUAAAUGUGUCCUACAAUGAUUCAGGCCUGUACAGCUGUAAGAAGAGACAUUCGAUGGAAAUGCUCAAGAACUUUACGGUCCGAGUUACAGAAUCCCCAUCAUCGGGUGAUGAUGAAGAUGAACGUGACGAUGAAGAAGAUGAUGACUCUGAAGACGGAGCGGCGCCUUAUUGGACCCAUCCUAUCAGAAUGGAAAAGAAGCUUUUGGCAGUGCCAGCUGCCAAUACUGUCCGUUUCCGGUGCCCGUCAGCUGGCAAGCCACUUCCUUCCAUAUCCUGGCUGAAAAAUGGCAAAGAAUUCAAGGGGGAGCACCGUAUUGGAGGCAUUAAACUGCGGCAUCAGCAGUGGAGUCUGGUCAUGGAGAGCGUUGUUCCGUCAGACCGAGGCAACUACACCUGUGUGGUCCGGAACAAAUACGGUGAAAUUCGGCAUACUUACCAACUUGACGUUCUUGAGAGAUCUCCCCACCGCCCUAUUCUCCAGGCAGGAUUGCCUGCCAAUCAAACAGUGGUGAUUGGGAGCAAUGUGGAAUUCCACUGCAAAGUGUACAGCGAUGCUCAGCCUCACAUCCAGUGGUUGAAACAUGUGGAAGUCAACGGAAGCAAAUACGGGCCAGAUGGGGCUCCUUACGUCUCUGUCCUAAAGUCCUGGAUCAGUAAAAACGCUGAAGCCGAUGCUAAGCUAAAUCUAUUCAAUGUGACCAAACGAGAUGAAGGCGAAUAUCUUUGUAGAGCCAACAAUUUCGUAGGCAGAGCCGAAAAAUCAUUUUGGCUCCACAUUCACAAACCAGAACCAGCAGAAAAACGGGUUGCGAGACAGGAUUCCAGCUCGUUUUAUGCAGGGAUCCUCAGCUACGGGAUCGCCUUCGCUCUUUCCAUCCUCGUGGCUGUGAUGGUGUUGAUUUAUAAAAUCAAAAGGCCGGCCAAAAAAGCUAUAAACGCCACUGCCGUUCAGAAAGUCUCCAAGUUCCCGCUCAAGAGACAGGUAACAGUGUCCUUGGAGUCCAACUCCUCCGUGAACUCCAGCACUCCCCUGGUGAGGAUCACCCGCCUCUCCUCCAGCGAGGGCGCCGUGCUGGCCAACGUCUCCGAGCUGGAGCUGCCCGCGGAUCCCAAGUGGGAAUUGGCGAGAUCGCGCUUGACUCUCGGGAAGCCUCUGGGCGAAGGCUGCUUCGGUCAGGUGGUGAUGGCCGAAGCCCUGGGGGUCGACAAGGAGAAGCCAAACAGGCCCAUUACAGUAGCCGUCAAGAUGCUGAAAGACGACGCCACAGACAAGGAUCUCUCCGACUUAGUCUCAGAAAUGGAAAUGAUGAAGAUGAUGGGGAAGCACAAAAACAUCAUUAACCUCCUGGGCGCCUGCACGCAGGACGGUCCUCUCUAUGUUCUUGUGGAAUAUGCCUCCAAGGGGAAUUUAAGGGAAUACCUGAGAGCUCGCCGGCUACCUGGCAUGGAUUAUUCUUUUGAUACCUGCAAGCUUCCUGAGGAACAGCUGACCUUCAAGGACUUGGUCUCCUGUGCCUACCAGGUAGCCCGUGGAAUGGAGUAUCUGGCAUCUCAAAAAUGUAUUCACCGAGACCUGGCAGCCAGAAAUGUUCUGGUCACGGAAGACAACGUGAUGAAGAUAGCUGACUUUGGUCUGGCCAGGGAUGUUCACAACAUCGAUUAUUACAAAAAAACAACUAACGGCCGGCUGCCUGUGAAAUGGAUGGCUCCUGAAGCCUUGUUUGACCGUGUCUACACUCAUCAGAGUGAUGUAUGGUCGUUUGGGGUGCUGCUAUGGGAGAUCUUCACUCUGGGAGGGUCCCCCUAUCCAGGAAUCCCAGUUGAGGAGCUUUUCAAACUCUUGAAGGAAGGCCAUCGUAUGGACAAGCCAGCAAACUGUACCCCAGAUUUGUACAUGAUCAUGAGGGAGUGCUGGCAUGCGGUUCCUUCACAGCGGCCAACUUUUAAGCAGCUGGUGGAAGACCUGGACAGAGUGCUGACCGUGACAUCCACAGAUGAAUAUAUCGACCUCUCCGUGGCCUUUGAGCAGUACUCCCCCAGAGGCCAGGAUGCCCACAGUGCCUGCUCUUCAGGAGAUGACUCCGUAUUUGCACACGACCUUCUCUCGGAGGACCCUUGUCUUCCAAGGCCGCAGGCCAACGGCCUCGUCAGGACAUGAGGACGGGCGGAGCCUGGAAAACUAGAUUCGUGAAUGUAUGUCUGAGGGGAACUCGGGAACGAGACCCAAAGGAAGGUGUGUUGUUCUGCUCCACGGCACAGAAGGGUGCGUUGCUGUGUAGCCGUGGCGCGCGCGUGCACACACACGAACGUACUUUCUGCUGUUCUCGUCAAACGCACGGAAACUUUGGAAGGCAAAGGAGAGGAUGGUGAACCUCCAGCCUCUGAGUCCGUUCUCCGUGCCCGCAAUUCUAGGAGUGGGUGGGAAAAAUGAGAGAGAGAAAAAUAAAUAAAUAACGUGCACAGAAUGUAGGAAGCUUUGCCCGGUGCCCUCGUUGCACGGAUCCCCUUUGUUGGGACUCAGUAGUGCCAUGUUGCCUGCAGGGAAUCUUAAGUAAGUACUGAUUUUAUAUUUGAUAAAUAGAAAAUUUUGCCAUCUGCUUAAGGACGUAUUCAAAGCCAUUCUGAGGAGUUAAUCACUCUUGAAAGCGCUAAACCUCUGUUAAGUGGCCUUUGCUUUUCCCACGCUGGGGAUCUAAGCCAGCUCUUGCACUAACGAUUGGAUAAAAGUGAGUGUGUGCAGGCAAGACGAGACGGGAAGGCCUAGAGGCGUUGCAGGCUCUAGAAAUUUGUGGGGGUGUGGUUUGUGUGUUGGGGUGUGCGUGUGUGUCAUUUGUUAAUGAACAUGUAGCAAUGACUUUGGCUAACUUUUCCAGGGGAUUUCUAUGAACUGUAAAAAUCCUGCUAUUUGCUACAUUUAUUUAGCUAUUUUCUGGGUGAGUUUUCUGUAGAUAAGGUUUAAAUAUAUUUGUAAUGGAGGCCUAUAAUUUUUUCCUAGAAAUCUAUUAUCAAACACUUGGAGAGAGAAAAAAAAAACACCACAAUAUUACGGGUACCCAUAGCCAAGCGCCUUUCAACGAAUCACAAAAUUUUAUUUCCUACAAUUGUGCAUAUAUCUAUAAAUAGCUCUUGUGUGUAUAUAAUAUCUCUGAUAUUAACAUGGCUGACAAGACUGAAGAAUUUAUUCCAGUUAAGAAUUCUUCCAGAAUAGGACAUACUGAUUUAGGCAAAGAUUUUCUUUCAUCUUGUCAGCUUGUUUUGUUUUAAAAAUUUAUAUUUUAACAUGUAUAUUUGUAAAAUUAUUUAUAGAUAUUAACAUAUGUUCAUUAAUGUAUACAUUUAAUUUUUUUUCAUCAGAUUUAAGGAUUUUAACUUAUUAAAAAUAGAAGGAAGAUCAUUCAAGAUGGUUUUUCUGAAUUCCUGAGAAAUCUUAGAAAAAUGUAUAGCUGUAUAGUCCUUCAACACAUUAAUACUAAUUUUUCUUUAUAAAAAAACAACAAAAAAGUGCUUUUUCUGGGUUGCAACAAUGAUCAGGACAUACAUUCUGUAAUAUUGAAAUUAAACUCAAACAUUUGACAGCUGGAAUAACCCUUUUUCCAUCUCUGUAAAAUUGCUAAGAAAUCUUUCAUCACUUUUGCCUCUGUGCAUUAAGUUGGAGGGAUUUUUUUUGCCAGUUUUUUUUUCUUUGAAUCAAGGUGUUCUUCAUGGUUGAAAAAAAUAACAGAUAUGUGGCAGAACUGAAUGUUGACUGCCAAUAAGAUUAACCCUCUCUCUCUCUCUGUGUGUGUGUGUUCCCAUUUGCAUUUUUACAGCAAAGGAUCCAAACAAAAUAAUAACUCAAAAUAUACAUAAAGUUCUGAUGAUUGUAGGUAGCCUUCGAACCUAACAUUUUGCUUGGGAAAAAUGCUAGGUUUUGUGGAUAACUCAGUCAAAACACUCCAGGUACUUUGCUAGCAUUUUAAAGAGUUGUUGCAAGAUUAUUUUUUGUAGAGUCUUAGGGAGCGGUUCCGGUUUCUGAUGUAAGAAUUUGAAACGGAAGGCUGAUUUUUCACUCCUGCUGGUCCCAAACCAUGAAAAUGCAAGGAACCCUCCUGUCUUUCCUUCCAGUUGGCCCAUAGGAGAACCCAAAGUACAUCAUCCAAUCAAUUCCCAAAUUCCUGAUCUAGCACUAGUCAAAAAACUCCCUCUGUCCUGUUUCACAUGAGGGUGUGUGUGUGUGUGUGAAGCACCUGCAGCUCUCCUCCGUAUGCAUUCAUUCCGUCGGUUGAUGUGUGUUGGGUAGCUUGCUAACCUCCCAAUUGGAGUGGUUGCAGUGGAUGGGAAGCCAGGCAGGGGAUAGUUCGUUGUUAAAGACUGGAAAAAUCAGCAAAAGCACAGAGAUCCACCAUAAGCUUCCCGGCUUCCUCUCCUGCAUUCCUUUCUUGCACUGAAAAGCCCCCAGCAUGGGAGCAAGUCAGCAACUUUGCAAAGAGUAGCUCAGGCGAAACAGGAAAACAGAUUCCAAGAUCAAGAGGUUGAGCCUUUAAUUUGGGGGGCAGAUAGUGGCCAGCUUAGGCCUCAAAGCAAGGAGGCAGACGUUCCCCUGCGCUGGAAAAUGGAUGCCCUCAAGGUCUCCAGAACCACCACACCUAAACGGAAGAUGGCAGCUCUGUUACGAAUCGAUUUUGAAUCAUGAAACGCAUCAGGUCCAAAGCUGAUGCCAAAGUGAUACAGCCAUUGGAGCAAAGGCAUACCUAUUGAAUCAGGAAGUUAAAAAAAAUAGGGAUAUAUAAAACGGAGGAAGAACAGGGUUCUAGUUCUGGAACUAGGAUUAAGGAGGAAGGUGGAUGCAAGAACCAUGUAGCCAAGUCUACAUACCAGCAAUUUGACUAAGCGCCAUUUGAGCGCCAUUUGCAAUGGAAUGUACAAAUGUCCUUGGAGAAGUUUGUAUAUCCCAAAAGUGCUUUUUCAAAAGACAACCGGACUUUGCUCUCCUUGAGUAGGUUUUGCUUCUCGUCUUAAGAAGCUUUCUUGGGCUCCUGAAGAAGCUUCUUGGGUGAGAAGGAAAAACAAAAGCACCUUUGACUUGGACAACCGAGAACCUCCACAGGAAGUUUUAAACUUUUUAAUUUGCAUAGUUUUAAUAUUUUAAUUAUUAGUUUUUAUUUAUCUUUUAAAAAUCUGUAAGCCACCUGGAGUCGCCUUAUAGGGAGAAUGGGCAGCAAAGAAAUUUAAUGAAUAAGUAAGUAAUAAAUAAGAGCUGCUGGAUCUAAUGGUUAGAGAAAGAAACUUCUGAAGAACUCGUCCUAAUGGAUUAGGGAGCUAAAACUGGAGGCAGGAAAUUGGUGCCUCCAGACUUGGAAGAUGCUCUUAAUAUAACUUUACAGUAAAAUAGAAUUAGCUCACGUCGCUGUUAUUUUCGGUCUGGUUUACCGGAAAGAGCAAACAUCAGUCGGAUUCAUUCGCACGUUACGUUACACCAUUCCAGAUCAAUGUUCAGCAUAUUCUUGCAAUACCACAAGACAGAUUCAAAAUAAUUCAUUUAUAGAAAUGGAGCUUCAAAGAGUUUUUUUAAAAAAAUAAGAGUUCUAUAGACCCCUACUUUUGGGGGGGAAUAAAAAAAAUUGUGCUAUUUUCUUAUUGGGCCUGUUAGUUUUGUACAUUCCAAGCCUCUGAAAUUCGCCAUUCCAGCCUCAGUGGUUACCUUAAAUAUAUUAUGUUGGCAUAUAAUAUAUUUAUGAAAGAUUUUACAAAGAUAUAUUUCUUACAUAACUUUAAAGCCAGGGUUUGAAAACUUGAAUGUUUCUUUAAACCUUUAUUCCUGUCCGUGUUGUGUUGCAAUCAGUAAGUUUGCAAAUUGUGACAUUUUGAUGAACCUUUAUCCCAGUCCAACGUCUUCUAGCUUCUGUAUUGCUUUUAAACAUUUUAGAAGAUGUGAAACAAAAAAAAACAACACAAAAAACAUACCCUGUUUUUGUUUACCUGGCCCCCAAAUAAAAAAAAAAACUUAAACCUAA